AUGCUGAAAGUGACGGGUACUCCAUCGACGAUGCCAUCAGGCAACCAAUCGUUUUUCAAUUUGGACAGCAGGAAAAAACAAGUCACUCUAUACGAUCCAGCUUUGUGCGGUACUCCGGCAACUCCCGAAGACAGAAGAGUCGGAGUUGCAGCACCUAAAAUGUUUGCAUUCGAUGCCAUAUUCACUCAGGACGAUUCUCAGGCCGAAAUAUGUUCGACGGCAUUGACCGAUAUCAUUCACGCCGUUAUCAAUGGUACGGACGGUUGUUUGUUUUGUUUCGGUCACGCAAAAUUAGGUAAAACGGGUACAAUGUUAGGAAGUCCCGAAUCCGUAAACACGCUGGGAAUAAUACCCUGCGCCAUAAGUUGGCUUUUUCGUGGCAUACACGAGCAGAAACAAAAAACCGGUGCCAGAUUUUCCGUACGAGUGUCUGCCGUCGAAGUUUGUCAACCGACGCAACAACUUAAAGAUUUAUUAGCCGGACAUGCAAACGAUUGCGAACAAUCUCCAGGUGUGUAUUUAAGAGACGAUCCAUUAUUCGGUACGCAAUUACAAAAUCAAAGCGAAUUAAGAGUACCGAAUGCGGAAAAAGCAGCUUUUUAUUUGGAUGCUGCCAUAAAUAGCAGAUCUGGAAAAGAUGACGGAAGGGAUUCGCAUUUUUUAUACACAUUACACGUGUAUCAAUAUAGCGUAGCUGGAAAAGGUGGAGUGGCCGGAGGACGAAGUCGAUUACAUUUGAUAGAUCUUGGAAGUUGCGAAAGAGGAAAAGCAAGCGGUGGUAUACCACUUUCGGGCCUUGGAAAUGUAUUACUUGCCAUUUUUAACGGGCAAAAACAUUUACCCUACAGAGAACACAAAAUCACCCAACUGCUAAAGGAAUGUCUUAGUUCGUUGACUUGUCACGCCGUCAUGAUCGCACAUGUGUCUCAAAGUUCUCAACACUAUACUGACACCCUUACAACCGUUCAACUCGCAUCGAGGAUACACAGAAUGAGAAGGAAAAAAAUUAAGUUCGGAGGCCCUUCUCCUGGAGGACCCUCGAUUUUAUCAAAUGGUAGUUCGAGCGAUGAAUUUUCCCGGCAUAAUGCAUCGACGGGUAGCAGCGAUUUCGAUCCGUCUAGUAGCGAACAAUCUGCCGACACGGUGAUUUACGUCGCGCCCCACGAUGAUGCCGCAACCGAUGGUGAACAUCCACCCGUUUACAUGCUUAACAUGGAUAGUAGAACGGGAGAAAAUCGUUGUGCCGUGAAUAAAAUCGUCAAAACGACAAAUAACGAAAUUCGAACGGGUGUUAAAUUUAAAAGUUGUACCGCGACCGCGACCCUACCAUCAUCUCCUGCCAAAACGACCAUUGGUAAUUAUAAGACUGAUGAAAAAUCUGCGAGUGGUAGUAGCAGUAGUAGUCCUCUUCACAAAACGAAUAAGUCUGGUUUUAACAGUUCUAAGUCUUCCCCCGUGCGAACGGUUACCGGUAAAAUACCAUCGAAAAUUCCAAAUUUGGAUAAUCAAAGUAAAACGUCGAAUCCGUUGCAAAUGACGACGAAACACGAAGAACAAUGGAUAGACGGUCCUAGAAUAUCGAAGCAAAAAGUGGCAGAAGCGAGAAAUUUAUUACUUAAAGAAAAUAAUAUUAAAAAAGAAACGUGGGUCGAUGGACCCAUGCAAAAACCGGGUAAAAUAACAACCGGUAACGGUGGUCAAUCGAGUGGAAAUUACGGGUUUAUGGAUAAUCAUAAAAAAAUUAUGAUUCGUAAAUGGGUAGAAAAUCAAACCGUUCAUUUGAAACAGAGUUUGGGGGGUACUUCGUCAUCCGCGAAACCCGAACUCACGAGCGGAUUGCUCAGGAGUAGCGAACCUACAAAAGACGAAGAUGAUAAUUUCGAAUUUAAAAAAUUUAACGAUUUCGAAGAUUUGGGAGAGCGUAAAGUCGAAGGUUCUUCGGAAACUAUCAAACCAGAAAAAAUAAUCACGGAAGACGUAAAAUGUAAUGUGAGCGUGUCCACAGCUCUCAUAAAACAAACGGACAAAUGUUUAAAAGAAUUGAAAAAAGUCGAAAAUCAGCAGCAGAAGAACCGGCAAAAUAAUUGCGGAGAAUCUAGCGAAUCGUCCGAAGAGGAAAAACUUCCGCCUCCUCCACUUCCGCUUAUUUUACGAUAUAACAAAGAUAUUAAAAUGAAUGGUCAAAAUCAACCGAUAAACGCAUUAGGGCUCCAGGGUAGUAGAAUGAUUCAAGACUACGACGACGAAGAAGACGAAAUAGAAUUGGAAAUAGUUGAAGUUACGGAACUCGAAGAACCCGUACCAACGCAAGACUCUUGUUUGCAAGUCACCGAAGAAGAUAUAGCUUUUUGUAUGGGCGAAUGUGAAAAUCCACUUCCGGAAGUUGAUCAAGAGGGAAGAGGAGGAGGAGGUCAUCACGAAGAAGAACAUCCUUUGAGAAUUUUAAGUCAAGAAAAUUUAACGGUCGUAUCGACAUUCACCGAUUCUUUAUCCGUAACCACGGAUUUCGAAAGAUGUCUUCCGAGACCUCGCUACGCACCUCCAUCGUUAUUCGAUCAACCGUUUUAUCCGAACGGUCCUUACGUUCACGACGAAUACAUCGAACUAUUAACGAAAAAUCACAAUUUGGAAAGGGAAACGAUCAAUCAAUUGACCGAACUUCACAAUUUCUACAAAUCCAAAAUAUUACAAAAUCCAUCAUCUAAAAUUUCCGCACGUUGUCAAAGUCUUUCCCUUUCGGACGUUUUCGAAAACGCUCCUGUGGGUGACUGCAACGAAUCCAGCGGUAAUUGCAGCAUAUACAGCGAACCCGCGUAUAAAUUCUUAGACGAAGAAAAUUCGAUUUGCAACAGUUGUAGAAAGAAAACAACAAUCGUGAAAAGCGACGACGUAAAAGACGAAAGAACGACGAAAGGACAAAAAAAUCCUGGAAAAUUGUCAAAUUUCAAUAAGAAUAUAUCAUCGUUGAGACAUCCGGACGGUGCAUCGAAUCCAAAUUUAGACGAAGAUGAUGAGAAAAAGGAAAAAAUCAUAGAAAAUGGCGUAUCGCAUAACAUCAAAUCCGAAACGACGUUUGACGAUAAAGAAGAUAAUAAAAUAACACAAUCUAAGAAAAAAUUAUUAUUAUCGUCGGAAUUUAACAAAAGAGGAAGUUGUAGUGGUAGUAGUAGUUCAUCAUCACCGAACCGUAAAUCGAAUCAUCAUCAUCAUCAUCAUCAUCAUAAUCACAACGGCCUUAAAUCAAAUCACGAUUCGUCUACGACUACGACGACGACGGCGAUUAUAAUACAAAACGAUAAUCAAAAAUUCAAUAGUGAACAAAUGAAAGGAACGGAAUUGAUGAAACACCAUCACGAAAGUAACAUAAAACUAAAUAACUCACCGACGAGAAAUUCAAAUUCUUCGUCAAGAGGUGAGUUGAGGAGAACUAACAGUGCGAGUACUAAUAAAAAUAGACGAUUCGAAGAAAACGAGGACGUUACGAAAACCCCGGCGACGCCACCGACAUCGUCCUCGUCACCACUAACACAGAACAAACACCUCUACUUCAAUAAGACGUGUCCUUCAAACGAAGGUUCAGACAGUGGGCACGAAUCAAAUGUAAGUCCUAAGAUAACAAAAAAUGGGGGAGUAAGAGUACCCCCGAGGCCCCAAGUUGUACAAUGCGAAAGUUCCGGAUAUGAAAGCGUCGUUAGUUUCACGUCGAGUUUAGAUUCCGAAGUUGGUGUCAAAUUGAUAAGAGAAGAAACGGAAGAAAUUCACGAUCCUGGUGGUCAAUCAGGUAUGUAUGAAACAAUCACAUAA